CAACGAUCUCUCCUCUCGCUGCCCCUGCGCAUCCUUGGCACGCCAGCUCCGCCGUCCUGCGCCUGCUCCUCGCACGCACACACGCCUCGCUCGCUUCCGAUCGGCCCGGCAGCGCGCCGCAGCCGCUUCCCCGCAUUGCUGCUCGCCUGCGCGUGCCUUCUGCUGCUCCUGCCCCUGGACGCAGUGCUGCUGCUGUCCCGUACCUGCGUCUGCCGCUGCGACGGCUCUUGCGCUUGGAGUGCUGCAUCUGCGUCUGUCGACGCCUCCGCCUCGUGCCUGCUGCCCUCCGCACAGGCCGCUCCCUCCGGCGUCGCUUCGGCCGCCUGGCCCGCCGCCUUCGCGCCGCACCGCGUCGCCUCUCGCCGCUCUUGCGCUCCCUGCUUCACCCCUCCAUUCUCCCUCAAGCGGCGGCGAUGAUGACCGAUCCGCGCUCCGGCCCCUACGCUGGCCCGUCCUUCUACUCGCCGCUGCACGGCCUCGCGCCGCCGCCGCCGCUGAUGCACCACGCGCUGCCGCCGCUCGCGGCGCCGCACCUCCCGCACAUGCACCACCGCAGCGCCUCGGCGCACCACGCCUCGCCGCCGGCGCCGGCGAGCACGCACGACGACGGCUCGCGCAAGCGCCCGCGCUCCACGGCCAACCACUCGCCGCCCGGCUCCUUCUCGGGCGACGACGGCGACGGCGGCAGCCCGCCGCGCGGCCGCAACGCCUCGGGCGGCGGCGGCGGCGGCGGCGCGCCCGGCAGCAGCACGGGCAAAGAGAGCAUGCGCACCGGCCUCUCCGUCAAGAGCCGCAUCCACCGGGCGUGCAACGCCUGCCGCAAGCAAAAGAUGCGCUGCGAGGGCCCCGUCAAUGCGCCGUGCAACCGCUGCGAGAGCAGCGGCCUGCCGUGCAUCUUCGAGAAGCCGGCGCGCGAGCCGGCGCCGUCGACGGUCGUCGUGGCCGCGCCGGCGAGCGAGGAGAGCAUGGCACGCCUGCGCGCGCUCGAGGGCAAGAUGGAGGGCCUCUCGAGCACGCUCGGCGAGCUCGUCGCCGUGCUGCGCGAGAGCAAGCAGCUGCCCGACCCGCACGGCCGAGCCUUGCCGCCAUCGGGACGCUGGGACGCGGCCGGCUCCGUCUCGUCGCCCGUCAGCCGCCUGGCGCCGUCGUACAGCUCACCGGGCACGGUGCUGCAUCCGCUUGCCUUCCCCGCACCACGCUCCUACAACGGCGAGUCGGCCGCGGCAUGGACCGGGCCAGUCGUCUCGGCGCCGCGAGCCGUGACGAACCCGAGCUUCUCGCCGACGUCACGACACCGCCAGGCCGUUGACAGCUCGCGCGGCUAUGGUGCGGCGCCCUCGCGGCCGUGGGAGGAGCCGUCGUCGUCGCGAGACGAGGGCGAGUCGUGGACCGCCUCGGCGCCGAAUCCGUCUCGCAUGCCGCCACCGCCGUCGGCGCGGCCACUGCGGGCCGGUGGUCGCCGCGACCGUGCCGGAGGCCGCGACGAGGACUACAACGACGAGGACCGCGCCUCUUACCUGCCUGCCGAGAGCUUCGGCGCGCCGAUUGCGGCACUGCGCGGCCUGGCCGACGCCGCCGAGCACCACGCCGCAACCGAGGAGGCGGCGUUUGCCAUCUCCAACAAGGCCAGCUCGACGUCGUCGCGUGCCGACGACGUGCUGAUGGACGAGCGAAGGCCGCUGGGUCAGCUCGGCAAGCGGCGGCGCGUAGAGGAGGCAGAGGAAAGGCUCGUCGACGUCGUCACGUCCGGCGCCGUCGAGGAGGAAGAGGCACGCCGGCUGUGGCGGACGUUCGGACGUGGCUGCGGCCGCUUCAUGUCGGUCUUCAACCACGAGGACAAGAAGUUCUUCGACGAAGAGGCCGACCUGUUUGGCAAGUACCGGCGCAAGUCGCCGUUCCUCUUCGACACGAUCCUGUACAUCGGCGCACGUGUCGACUCGGCUGGUGGACCGCCGAGCGCCUCGUUCCGGACCUGCCUCGCAGCCUCGCAGCGCCACGCCAGCGCCACGCUGCUCGGCCGGACCAAGUCCAACGAGGACGUGCAGGCAAUGCUGAUUCUCGCAUCCUACACCGACAGCCAGAACGGCUGGCUGCAGGUCGGCCACGCCUGCCGCAUGGCGCAGCAGCUCGGCCUGGACAAGGUCUUUCCGCGCCUCAUGGCCGCCGUCGGAGGCUCGGGCGAGGCGAAUCUGCCGCACGAACAGCUCGCCGAGAUGGCGAGCGGCAGCCGCAUCUGGUUCUUCUCCUUCCUGCUCGAGCACCAGCUCAGCUACGGCGCGGGCCGCGAGCCGAUGCUGACGCACCCGUGGGUGCGCAACGCCCGCAACUUUCUCUCGCUGCCUGCGCCGCUGUCGAUGCCCGUCGACGUCCGCAUCCUGGCCACGCUUGAGCUCAUGACGCUGCGCGAGCACCGGCUCAACACCAUGGCACCCUUCGACGCAACCAUAGACGGCGCGAUGCUGCGGCGUGUCAACGCGCUCGGCGCUGACCUGGACAGCUGGGAGCAGUACUGGUACGGCGAGCACCACGCCCGCGGCUUCGACGCCAACGGCUUCUUCCUCGAGAGCCUGCGUCUGCAGGGCGCCACGGCCCGCCUGUACCUCUGCUGCACCUGCCUGCGCGGCGUGCACCAGCCGGGCGACGCCGAGCGCAUGACGGAGGCGCAGCGUGAGAUCGCCCAGUCGACGGUGCGCGCCGCCGACCUCGUGCUCGACAUUGCCACGGGCAGCAGCGCCACGAGCGCGGAGUACUACGAGAAGCUGCGCUGGGCGCCCAUCUACACGCACGUCACCGCCACCUUCGCCUGUGUCUUCUUGCUCAAGUGCGUCGUGCUCUUCCCGAGCCUCGUCGACGCGCACAGCAUCUUUGCACGCGCCGAGAAGCUGGCGCUGCGCCUGCGCGAGACGGCUGCGGCCAAGUACGGAGACGUCAUCCUCCGCAUGCAGUGGCAGACGUGGAAGCGCAUCGCGGCGACGAGCCGCAAGCGCGGCCUGCGCCUCAUGUUCGGCGACAAGACGCCGCGGCAGGGCAGCUUCACGCCGGCCGACAUUGAGCGCGGCGGUAUGACCGACGCCGACUUCCAAGAGGUGCUGCGCCUGCUCGUGCGCGAGAGCAGCCCGACGGCGGGCGGCGAGACGCCGUCGUCGCCGUCGCGCGACACCUGGGGCACUGCCGGCUCGCCGGCCCGCCUGGCCAAGCGCACGUCGUACCAGGACGACAGUCACGCGACGCUGCACCUGCCGCCGUGGGCGCAGAGUGACUUUGCCCUGUCCCUCACGUCGUGGAACGAAGCGGAGGGCAACGGCGCAUCGGCACCCACCAGCGGCCUGCCGGGCCCGAGCGACCCUGGCAGCGCCACGCUCUUCCCGGGCGUCAGCGGCGACCUGCAGAGCCUCGGCCAUGCGCCGCAGCCGCUGCUCUCGGCGUCGGACCCCAGCUCCACCUUUGACAUCCUUGCUGCCCAGCUCGGCAUCACGAGCUUCUAUUAA